CAGGCAUUGUAGCUCCUGCAUUGGGGCUGUGUUGACGUAUAACUCACUUUGAUUGUGUGUGACAGUAAAUUCCUGCUAUAAAGAAGUUUUAAUUCGUGAAAAUGUUACUAUAUUGUGAUCUGGAGACUGACUCGGAAACCAAUCGCAAAACAAUGAGCGACGAAAGUAAACAGGAGGUCAGCAUGCAACCAGAUUCGAGCUGCGAGUCGUCGUCUGAAGACGAAUCGGCUCCACCAGCUGACACUCUAAGCACAUAUUAUUAUGAUAAAGCCAUUGCGGAGUCACUUGCGGAGAAUAUGUAUAAUCUGUCAGUGGAGUCGGACCAAGAUGACGACUACGAGGAUUUGAUCCCAUCACCCUCUUCUCGACCACCACGACAGCCGUUUAUGUUAGAUGACUAUCCAGAAGAUGAUUUCGAUGAAGCUGAUAUCGAUCAUAAGAUAAGCAAAAUUGCGGGCUUGGAACACUUGGACGUGAACAGUCCUCUUUGGUACGCGCAUGUGAAGCCACACUUGACUGUACCGGAACGAGAGAAGCUGUGGAACAGGACUCCUUGGAAAGAAAAAUUUUAUUGGGAUGACUCCGACGAUGCUGAUGCUGAUGCUGAAGCUGAUGAUGAUGACGAAGCUGCUCCUCCGCUAUUUAAGGAGCAGUUUUAUAUCGCAUUUAUUUAAGUUUUUGUUGUAGCUAAU